AUGGACGCAGAUCAAGUAGCUCAUAUGCUUGAGCUUGAGGAUAGAUUAUCCAAGAUUAGAAAACAAGCAACUUCAAAAUUAGAAAAUCAAAAACAUAUUGCUAUUAUUUUAACAGCCGUUGAAGAUAAUAUUGAAGGUCAUGAUACUAAUGAUACAUCUAAGAAUAUUAUUAGUUAUAUGGUUGCAUUUAUGUCUUUAUUAGAUCAAGCUAUAGAUAAAGAUACUCAUAAUAUUAUUGAUUUACAAUUAGCAACUGCAGCAACUUAUCUAUUAGAUAUUAUCUUUCAAUAUUCCCCAAAGAAAUUAUUAAGAUCUAAAUUUUCUGAAUUAUUGGCUAAGAUUGCUCCUUGCAUUACUGAUGAAAAAGCAGAACCUUUAUUAAUUAGAUCUGCUAUUGGUUGUUUAGCUUCGUUAUUAGUAGCUCAAGAUGCACAAGCAUGGAAUAAUACACAUAAUUUAACUAUUACUCCAAUGAGAGGUUUACAAGGUUUAUUAGAAUUAUCCUUAGAUCCAAGACCAAAAAUUAGAAAGAGAGCCCUUGAAGCACUUCAUAAGAUUCUUGAAAAUCCACCUGUUGCACCAACAGCAGAACAUGUUGCCUCCACUACAAUUUCAGUCUUUGCUAUUAACCAAUUAACAGAUGUGUUAAAUGAAUUAAAUGGAUUGUCUAAUAAACAAUUAAAGAAUCAAACUGUUAAAGAUGACAUAAAUUCUAAAGUGAUAAAAUGUUUACGUUUAGUGAGUACUGUUGUCACUUCUGGCCAAUGGCCAACAGGUCAAAUUGAACCUCUUUGUGAUAUGUUAUUAGAUGUAACAAAGAGUUCAGAUCAAUAUCUUGUCUCCACUUCAUUUGAAUGUUUUGAAAAACUAUUUAAUUCAAUGGCUGAAUCAACUGUGUCUGCAGGUUUAGCUGAAGACAAAUAUGUUAAAGUUAUAGAUACAAUCUUUCAACUAAGACCAUCAAAUAAUGAUACCCAUUUAGUAGGAUCAUGGAUUGCAGUCGUUGUCAAAGGUAUGUCUACUUAUGCUGUUGGAUCUCCAAUGAACGCUAUGGCUAAAAUACCUGAGGUGUUUGAAUUGAUGUCAAUCUAUUUACAAAGUGAAAAUAAAGAAAUCUCCUUUAGUGCAUCCCAAUGUUUAAUUGCAGUAUUAACUCAAGCCAUUAAAGAUGAAAUCCUAUUGACACCAGAACAAAGUCAGAACAAUAUAUCUAAAAAAGAUGCUAAACUUGUUACAAAUGUCAUUAACAGUUUGUCAGAAACAUUUUGUGAAUUUUUGACGGUUAGAUACACUAAUUGCACAAAGGAAAUUUUAAAUAUUUUGGCAGCAGCUUAUAAAAAAUUAAGAUUUAGAGCACACCCAGCUUUAGAUAAACCUUUACAAAUCGUUGAUAGUUGGAGAGUUAAUGAAAAACAAGAAACAAUGGAAUUGGUCUCUGAAAUUGAAUUAGUAAUUGGUAAUGCAGUCUCUGCUAUCGGUCCAGAUAUUGUCUUAAAAACAUUACCUCUAAAUCUAAAUAAUGAAAUUCCUGAUCAACCAGGUAGAGCUUGGUUAUUACCAUUGCUAAGAGAUUAUACUAGAAAUGCCAAACUAUCUAUUUUCAUUACAGACUUGUUGCCAGCAGCUAAAGAUUUUGAAUCAAGACUUGAUUCUUUCCCUAAGGAAUCUGUUCAAUUAAGAAUUUACCAAACCAUUAUCGAUCAAAUAUGGUCUACAUUACCACAUUUUGCCGAAUUGCCAACCGAUUUAAUGGAAUCUUUCACCGAUGAAUUUGCAUCAGAUCUAUGUUCUUUACUUUACAGUAACACCGACUUGAGAACUGUGAUUUGUCACACAUUAAAAAUGCUUGUUGAAAGUAAUCUUAUGUACUCUGAAGGUGCAUUACAAGAUGAUAUCAUUCUACAAGCUACAUUCCCAGUAGAAGAAUCCAAAAAGAAUCUAGAGUAUUUGAAAACAAAAUCUGUUAAUAUUCUAGCAGUUCUUUUCAACAUUUUCACUCAAACUGCAUCAAACUUAAGAGGGUACAUCCUAGACACCAUAGAAUCAUACUUAAAAAUCAGUUCCCCAGAAGAUGUUGAAAAAAUGUUCAAUAAUGUUUGUGGUCUUCUAAAGAACUCAAUGGAAAAGGAAGCAGCUUCUAAUGAUGGUUCAAGUAAUAAUUCUAACAAUAAUAAGCCUCAAUUGACUGCAACUCUGUUGGAUAUUGUUGUGAACAUGGUCAGAUAUUUACCAGCUAAAUGUUAUGGCCCAUUGUUUAUGAUCUUCGAUCAAACUGUCAAUUCAAAUGAUACAUUAAUUCAAAAACGUGCAUACAGAAUCAUCUCCAAGUUAUCUGAAAUAUCUCUUGGUGAAGACGCUAUUUCUAAUUAUUUAUCUGAAAUUGAAAGUAUUUUGCUACGUAACUCCAAUAGUGUCCACACAUCUGCUAGAUCUGGUAGAUUAGCCGCUAUAAAGACUGUUAUUAACCUUCUACCUCCAGACCAUAUGAACUUUAUUGUCCAAGUCUCUGCUGAGAUCAUUUUGGCUACUAAAGAUGUUAAUGAGAAGACAAGAGGUUUAGCAUUCGAAAUAUUAAUUCUAAUGGCUGAAAGAAUGCAAAACGGUGGUAGUAUCGAUAUGGGUGACGGUAAUGUCCAAGUUGCUUCUCUUUCUGAAUUUUUCAAGAUUAUAUCAGCAGGUUUAAUUGGUGAAAGUCAACAUAUGGUUAGUAGCACAAUUACAGCAUUUGCAUGUUUGAUGUUUGAAUUCAAGGACUCAUUACCUGCUGAUAAUGUCCUUGAUAUUUAUGAUACAAUUGAGUUAUAUCUAACUUCUAACUCCGUAGAAAUUGCCAAGAGUGCUAUUGGGUUCACCAAGGUUUGUAUUUUAGGUUUACCAGAAGAGAUGAUGAGACCAAAGGUCCCAGCUUUGAUUCCAAAAUUAUUACGUUGGUCCCAUGAACACACAGGUCAUUUUAAGGCCAAGGUUAAGCAUAUUAUAGAAAGAUUGAUUAGAAGAUUUGGAUAUGAAUAUGUUGAAGCUAAUUUCCCUGAGGAUGAUUUGAAACUAUUGACCAACAUUAGAAAGACACGUAACAGAAACAAACGUAAGGAUGCUAAUGGUACAAAUGAUGAAACUACUUUGCCUACUGCUAAGGGUCCAAAGUUCAUGUCUGCCUUUGAUGAAGCUGUUUAUGCGUCUUCUGAUAACGAAGAUGAAGGUGAUGAUAAUGAAGUUAACCAUAAGAAAACUAAGCAAUACAUUAUUGAAAAAUCAGAUGGUAACCCACUCGAUCUAUUGGAUGCUGAUACAUUGGCUCAUAUCUCCUCUACCAGACCUAAAAAGUUUAACAAGAAGGAUCAAAAGAAGAAGCUACUAUCUGAUGAUGCCUUUGCAUUCGAUGAUGAAGGUAAGUUGAUCGUUAAGGGUAAAAAGAAUGGUGCUGCAAACGAUGACGAUGAUCCUAUCAAAAAUAUGACCAGCGGUAUCAAUGCAUACCUAGAAGCUGUUAAGAGCGGUCCAGUUAGAGGUCAAAAGAAUAAAUUAAAGUUUAAGAAGGGUAAAAGAGAUGAAGAUAACUUCAGUGAUGAUGAAUCUACACCAAAGAGAAAUGUCGGAAGAAACAAAAUUGGUAAGAAUUUCAAAAAGGGUGGUAAGUUUAAGUCCAGAAGGAGGUUGUGA